AUGGAAAUUUUGCAGGUGUUGGCACCGAAUAUCCCGUACUGGACCAGUCUCCACGAUUAUUUCUGCUGUAAAUCGUAUACUCUCAGGUUGUAUGGAGCUCCAAAAUCCGGCGUGAUUCCGCUGGUAGUCCAUGGUCCAACUCGCACAUGCGCAUAUGAGAUGCAACCUGCGGCAUGGAACACGUUCAACGUGCCGGAUGAUAUACCGAUAUAUGACUGUCAUGAGGCAUCCCCUCUGGGUCACGGGAUGGAUUUAAAAAAUGCUCCUCAAAAAGUUCGUCUGUCUGACGGAACGGUGGCUUUCUUCAUUCCCAGUAGAAUUUCAACGCGUAGCCGGGAGGGACCCGGUUAUGUCAAUGAUGUGAAUGAGUCUCACCAGUCUAUUGCCUCUUAUUUCCUCCUACACUCUCUGCAGAUUAGAUGCAGUGAUGAUAGCGCACGCAUCCCGAAGGUGCUUGGAAUCCUAUCCUAUAGCGGCCGUCCUGACGCUGACAUGCAGAGGGAAGACGGAAAACAGAUUGCAGGAAUUCUUCUAGAAUGGAUUGAUGGAUUCCGUCUUAUAAACUACAGACUAGGUGCCUACCGCCAUAUUACCGCACAAAAUGAGUCGAAUCAUGUCAAGUGGCGGCAACAGGUUUCCCAAGUGAUAAAAGAACUUCAUCAGCAUGGAGUUUCUACUCUUGGUGUUGAUAUAAGUCCAUUUGAUAUCAUUAUUGACCAGAAUGAUAAUCAUGCAUGGCUGACAGGAUUUAUUAAUACAGAAGUAUCGGAAGGUCAUCGUGAGGGAAAGGUCGGUGAGUCAGAUCAGGUGUAUCUACAACUUGUUUUCGAUCAGUGGCUGAGCGAAGAGGCGCAUGUUCUCGCAUCAAAUCCACAGGAGAUCAAAGAAAUAGAAAUGUCACGGUGGUUUACUAUCUUAGACAGCGUCUGUUGA